AUGGGUAACGACGGCGGCUCCAUCCCCAAGCGCCGCGAGCUCGUCAAGAACGCGGCGCGUGCCCCUACAGUCUCAGAAAUGAAGGCGACAGCCCUCGAGUCUCUCGCCCAUGCGUGGGCUCACUGCGCCCUCAGCGACACGCCGCUCGACUUUGAUUCUGUCGUUUCGGACUGGCGGGGGCGAUUAUACAACUACGAAGCCAUCCUCAACGGACUGAUGCCCUCCGAUGACCCCAACGAAGUGACCCCGGCAGCCCUGGGCAUCCGCUCGCUGCGCGAUGUGGUGAAGCUCAAGUUUUCCAAGACUGGCGACAAAUGGGCUUGCCCGAUAUCCAUGAAGGAGAUGGGACCGGCGACAAAGGCCGUCUAUCUGGUGCCGUGUGGCCACGUAUUUGCAGAGGUUGCCAUUACAGAGAUCAAAGCAGAGGCCUGCCCAGAGUGUGGAGAAGCCUUCACCCAGGAGAAUGUGAUUUCUAUCCUGCCAACUGCUGAGAAAGAACUAGACAGGUUGCAGAAGCGCAUAGAAGACUUGCAGGCAAACGGCCUGACUCAUACGCUCAAGAAGGGCAAGUCGGAGAAGAAGAAGAAGCGGAAGGCCGGAGAGGCGGCAGAGGAGGAGGAGGGAAGCGCAGAGAAGAAGGACGAAAAGGCCAAGAAGAGCGAUGCCAGCCGCGCGAAGAAAGAACCCGACGCGAGGAUCAAAGGUAUCAACAACUCGAUGGCGGCGACGUUGACGGCUCGAGUACUAGCAGAGCAAGACGAAAGGAACAAGCGCAGAAAGCUAGCCCAGGCGGUUUCGUGA